AAAACAUGCUGCGAUUAAGUCUUUCACCAACAGUUUCAAUGGGAUUUCGUCUGGUAGCUAUGGUGGCUCUAUUGUUUUCCCACGUUGACCAUAUAACUGCUGAGUCAGAGCCAGAAACAGGAGGAAAUGAAACCACUGAAUGUACUGGCUCAUAUUACUGUAAGAAAGGGGUGAUUCUGCCCAUUUGGGAACCCCAAGACCCAUCUUUUGGGGAUAAAAUUGCUAGAGCAACUGUGUAUUUUGUGGCCAUGGUCUACAUGUUUCUUGGAGUUUCUAUCAUUGCUGACCGGUUCAUGUCCUCUAUAGAAGUCAUCACAUCUCAAGAGAAAGAAAUAACCAUAAAGAAACCCAAUGGCGAGACCACAAAGACCACAGUAAGGAUCUGGAAUGAGACCGUGUCAAACCUGACCUUGAUGGCACUGGGAUCUUCUGCUCCUGAGAUUCUACUAUCAGUCAUUGAAGUGUGUGGCCAUAACUUCACUGCAGGAGAUCUUGGGCCUAGCACCAUCGUGGGAAGUGCUGCCUUCAAUAUGUUCAUCAUCAUUGCACUUUGUGUUUAUGUGGUCCCUGAUGGAGAGACAAGGAAGAUUAAGCAUUUGCGUGUGUUCUUUGUGACAGCGGCCUGGAGCAUCUUUGCCUAUACCUGGCUUUAUAUAAUUCUGUCUGUAAUCUCUCCUGGUGUUGUGGAGGUCUGGGAAGGAUUGCUUACUUUCUUCUUCUUUCCCAUCUGUGUUGUGUUCGCUUGGGUAGCAGACAGGCGGCUCCUCUUUUACAAAUAUGUCUACAAGCGGUAUAGGGCUGGCAAGCAAAGGGGAAUGAUAAUUGAACAUGAAGGGGACAGGCCAUCUUCCAAAACAGAAAUUGAAAUGGAUGGGAAAGUGGUCAACUCUCAUGUUGACAAUUUCCUAGAUGGUGCACUGGUUUUGGAAGUGGAUGAGAGGGACCAAGAUGACGAGGAAGCUAGACGUGAGAUGGCCAGGAUUCUGAAGGAACUUAAGCAGAAGCACCCAGAGAAAGAAAUUGAGCAAUUAAUAGAAUUAGCCAACUAUCAAGUCCUAAGUCAGCAGCAAAAAAGCCGGGCAUUUUACCGGAUUCAAGCUACUCGCCUGAUGACUGGAGCUGGCAACAUCUUGAAGAGGCAUGCAGCUGACCAAGCAAGGAAGGCUGUCAGCAUGCAUGAAGUCAACAUAGAAGUGGCUGAAAACGACCCAGUGAGUAAGGUCUUCUUUGAACAGGGGACAUACCAAUGUCUAGAGAACUGUGGUACUGUGGCUCUCACCAUUAUCCGCAGAGGGGGCGACUUGACCAACACUGUGUUUGUUGACUUCAGAACAGAAGACGGCACAGCCAAUGCAGGGUCUGAUUAUGAAUUCACUGAAGGGACUGUGGUCUUCAAACCUGGGGAGAUCCAGAAGGAAAUCAGAGUCGGCAUUAUUGAUGAUGAUAUCUUUGAAGAAGAUGAAAACUUCCUUGUGCAUCUAAGCAAUGUCAGGAUCUCCUCUGAAGCUUCAGAAGAUGGCAUACUGGAAGCCAAUCAUAUUUCUACACUUGCUUGUCUUGGGUCACCCUGUACGGCCACAGUAACCAUUUUUGAUGAUGACCAUGCAGGCAUCUUUACGUUUGAGGAACCAGUGACUCAUGUGAGCGAGAGCAUUGGCAUCAUGGAGGUGAAGGUUUUGAGAACAUCUGGAGCUCGAGGAAAUGUUAUCGUUCCCUAUAAAACCAUUGAAGGAACGGCGCGAGGUGGAGGAGAGGACUUCGAGGACACAUGUGGAGAGCUUGAAUUCCAGAACGAUGAAAUUGUCAAAACAAUUGCAGUCAAGGUAAUUGAUGAUGAGGAGUAUGAGAAAAACAAGACCUUCUUCAUUGAGAUUGGAGAACCCCGCCUGGUGGAGAUGAGUGAGAAGAAAGCCCUGUUAUUGAAUGAGCUUGGUGGUUUCACAUUAACAGGAAAGUGCCUAUAUGGCCAACCUGUCUUCAGGAAGGUUCAUGCUAGAGAUCAUCCGCUUCCCUCCACUGUAAUCAGCAUUUCAGAUGAGUAUGAUGACAAGCAGCCACUGACUAGCAAAGAGGAGGAGGAGAGGCGCAUUGCAGAAAUGGGGCGCCCCAUCCUGGGAGAGCACACCAAGCUGGAGGUGAUCAUUGAAGAGUCUUAUGAAUUCAAGAGCACUGUGGACAAACUCAUUAAGAAGACAAACCUGGCCCUUGUGGUGGGAACAAACAGCUGGAGAGAACAGUUCAUCGAAGCCAUCACUGUCAGCGCUGGGGAAGAUGAUGAUGAUGAUGAAUGUGGGGAGGAAAAGCUGCCCUCCUGUUUUGAUUACGUGAUGCACUUUCUCACAGUAUUCUGGAAGGUUCUGUUUGCCUUCGUCCCCCCUACAGAAUAUUGGAAUGGCUGGGCCUGUUUCAUCGUCUCCAUCCUUAUGAUUGGCCUCCUGACAGCCUUCAUUGGAGAUCUGGCUUCCCACUUUGGCUGCACCAUUGGCCUGAAAGAUUCCGUGACUGCAGUUGUGUUUGUCGCUCUUGGAACCUCGGUGCCAGACACAUUUGCCAGUAAAGUAGCAGCCACCCAGGACCAGUAUGCAGAUGCAUCCAUAGGCAACGUCACUGGAAGCAAUGCUGUGAAUGUCUUCCUGGGAAUUGGUGUGGCCUGGUCCAUUGCUGCCAUCUACCAUGCAGCCAACGGGGAACAGUUCAGAGUGUCCCCUGGCACACUAGCUUUCUCUGUCACUCUCUUCACCAUUUUUGCAUUCAUCAACGUGGGGGUGCUGUUGUACCGGCGGAGGCCAGAAAUAGGAGGUGAGCUGGGUGGGCCCCGGACUGCCAAGCUCCUCACGUCUUGCCUGUUCGUGCUCCUGUGGCUCUUGUACAUUUUCUUCUCCUCCCUGGAGGCCUACUGCCACAUAAAAGGCUUCUAAAGAAACAAUCAGAUAUAGUAAAUUUAUAUAUAUACAUAUAUAUACAUAAAGAGUUAUGUAUAAGGAACAGAGGAAACUGACAUUUGUCAUGUUCACUUAACCUGCUGAUGGAAUCCAGCUUCAAGAACAUACUCUGUACUAGGGCGGAAGUCAGAAACCACCAUCUCCCAUUCCCGGGGCAUCAUCUUUUUUGAACAAGGCGUGGAGGCAGAGUCAUCUUGCAGCUCAGCCUAGAGGGGCUGUACUCUCUCCAAGUUCAUGAAUGGUUUAGGUUUUUAACCUGCUUUUCUUGUUUUGUUUUGUUUUGUUUUGUUUUGUUUCCAGUGGGGUCAGGGAGGUGGCGGUUGGCUUUUGGUUUGGUUUUGCUUCAUUUUGUUUGAAGAGCUAGGACCCUACUUCCCUUUAUGGGAAGUGGUGAUCCACCCAAAGAUGGAUGGAUUUGGGAUCACUCUGGAAAUCAUUAUGAUUCUCUCCUCACCUCCUCCAAACACUAUAAACAUUACUUUGGAUUAAGGAAGGAUUCGGGCAUGGAAGGAGGAAGAAGUACGUCUUGACCAUAUUACCAAAUUUUAUGCUUAUCUCCGAGAUAUGAACAGAGGUGAACCGCCUCAAGGAAGAGAAGCAAGAGAACUGCAUUGAAGCCAGGAAAAGUGAUGGUUCUAGAUGUAGUCUAAGGAUAUGGUGCCUGGCACUCUUGUUCAACAGGUACGGGGAUAAUGUGCCUAGAAUCCCAGGAACAAGCAGAACCCUUCACCGGUUAUCUCUUUAGCUCCGAACUGUGAUUAGCAAGACCCUUCCAGCCCAGCUAAUUUCCCAGGUAUCCCAUCCCAGACCUCCUCCUAUCUACCACCCAACCCCCUGCAAGCAGGAAGACUAACCUCAUCCAAAAAAAAAAAAAAAAAAAAAAAAGGUAAAAAAGAUCUGUCAUCCUUUUGGUCAUCAUGUGUGUCCAGGUCCCAUGUUGACAUGACAUUGCCUGGGAUUUUUCCAUCAGUUUUAUUUUCAGUGGCAUCCAUGGCUUGCACAAUACUGUUCCAGUCAUGACUGAACAUGUACCCUCCUUCAUGUGCCUGUUUGGGAAUGUUGUUGUGAUCCCCAUUACACAGUGCAUGGACGAAAAACAAAUAAAACAAAGUGUAUCUGUAUAUAGUAGAGUAUAGCAAAUACUGUUCUCCCAUUCAGCAAUGUUGAUUGGACAUUGAAGACAUAAGUGAGUUUUUCUUUUCACCUGAGUUGUUUGCUUUGAGUUGUUACUGAGUUUGAGUAUUGAUAGAGAUAAAAGAAGAAAAUGGCUUAGUUUUCAUGAUUCUGCACGUUCAUUUCUAAGAAGCAAUAAUUGUCAGAUGAGAUUUUAAACUUAUUGAGAGGACAGCAGGAAAACUGUACUGAUUUCCAUGGAAUUGUAGCCAUGAAGAGAAUGUCAGAGGCCUCAAGAAUCACCCACAAUUAAUUCAGGCAGGCCAAAGAGAAAGGCUGGGGAGAAAAGUGGAACUUAGGAUGUGCCUGGACUUUUAGAGCCACCGUUUCCACACCACCCCUCCCCCAAAGUAUUUAUUGCACAUCUGCUCUGUCUGGCACAGAUGGUGGAUGGUGCGAGUUCCUUUUAUUUUUUUUUAUGUAGAAGGCUGGCUUGAGCCCUGUUUCAUUCACCUUCUAAUCCAAACUCCCUGAAUUCGCUAGCAACUCGAGUGGAAAAGAAACCAGGGUGACUGAUAGACCUUUACAAGUCUACUGUGUCUGACACAAAGAAGAGCUGUGUCAAAGGGACUGGGGUCUCCCAGGAAGAUGACACCAGGGAGUUUUAACCCUUUGGGAAAAAAACAAAAACAAAAAGCAGCUCUUUCUAUUCCAAAGAUAGACCCAACAUUCCAAAAAGCAGUGAUUCUACUAAGUAAGGAAAAUGGAAUGGCUUUGCCCACUUCUCAGACAGAGACUUCUCUGAGACCUUCAUGGCCCUUUGUGUUGAUUCAAAGAUACUUAAGAAAUAAAUGUUACUAAGACCUCCUUUCUCUUCUUCCACUCAGUGAUCAUAGCUGUGCAUUGUUUAAUAAACAUUUAGUGACUGAGUGAAUAGAUACUUGUUACCCAUUCAAUAGGUCAGUUAAUAUACUACUUCCUGGUAGCUGAACAAUGAGCAAGAUAGCCCAGAUUCCUGCCCCCAGGGGGCAUAUAGUGGAUGAGAUUCCUAUUCAAAGAGUGAGAAUUGACCUAACCAUACUGAGACGGUUCUAUUUUGCAAGAGAAAAAAUAAUUAUGACUUCUCUUUAACACCAUCACAUUAAAAUUGCACAACAGCUGACCAAAUGCUCAUUUUUUUUUUUUCUUUAAAGAAUGUAAUGUUUAGCUUUGGAAAAGUACUCUUUUGUUUUUGCCAACUUGCAGGUUUGUUCAUCUUUCUAAUUUAGACCAAGCAGAGUAAUAAUCAUGGUGGUUACUGAAAUCACUAAGAAGAUCCAGUUAACCUGGUUUUAAUCUAUGUGGCACUGGUACCUUUCCAUAACAACAUACUGCAGCCCACCGACAUUAGUGAUACUGGUGACCCUCAGUGGUACAUUCUAACAUGUCCUGUUCUAAUUUUUGUAAACUUUAUUUUAGAUUUUAAAAGUGGAAAGCUAGCCUAGAACUACUAAGUAAAUACAGUCCAAGGAUAUACAUGGUUAAAGCAUUAGAAAGAUGUUGCACUUUUUUUUUUUUAAAUACAUUCCAUCUUUGGAAUGUCAAUAAUCUUGUAGUGAAUUUUCACAGAGAACAUCCCAAGAAAUUCUUGCUGUUGGUCAAGUUUCAAGUUCAAGCUUUUUGAUUUGUUUGCCUUUUUCAGUCUUCAUGCUGUAGGGAAAAUAUGAUUCUAGAUGUUCAGGGUUGUUAAUUAUUAUGUGUAAAAUGAUUUCAUCUUAUUUGUUUGAUUAUUUUAUUUUGUGUGUAUUGUGCACGGCUUUAGGUGGGACAGGCACUAACAGUACUGUUCCUUAAAAUUGGUAUACAUUAUUGACACAGGAAAAUAAAAUAAAGUUUGUAAUUGUUUGUGAUUUCA